AUGACUUCCAAGAUCUCAUUUCUAAACUCUCUCAAAGAGAGAAACAAGACUAAAGAAAACACCGACGAACUAGCCAUAGUGAAAGCAGCUGCAUGGGCAUGGUACCAACACGGUUCAGGCUCUGAAGGAAACGUGAUCAAGAGUACUGAGUUUCAUUCUUCAAAGACUCGCCAUCCACCAAGACCUUCUCGUUACAAGUUAGAAGCAGUGAGAUUAAUGGCCAAUAAGGAAGUGAAAAAAGGAUCAAUGUCCCGGCCCCCCAAGGAAAAAUCUCUUCUUGAUGCAUAUGAAGUUCAAAGCAUCACAAGGAAACUCAAUAGCCUUAUAAUAGAGUCUAGCCAUAACAAGCAUGUCAAUAGUGCUUCCAACAACUCUAGUGUGGAUAUUGGCGGGAGAAAGAUGGAGAAGAAGAAAGUGAAGAAGGAGAAGAUGAGAAAAGGGUCCUGGCUGAGGCAUGGUGUUGUCUGUGGGAGAGAGGAAGAUGUGGUUGAUCCCAUUGCUUUAAGAGAUGGUCAUCAUCGGCAAUCAGUUAACCUGGUCAAGUUACCAACUGCCCGUGGUACUAAUUUGUGA